GCACGGCUGCUUUUGGCCAGAGGACGAAGAGAGGAGACCGGAUCUCACUUCUCGUAACCUUUAACUGAUUAGCCUUUACUUUCUGAGUUCACUACCAUCCUUAGCGGAGGGCGUAUUCCUAACAGAAACGUGCAAAUAUAUAAAUAUAUCAUUGUUUUCCUGAACGCGGCGCACGGAUGGGGAUGCUGCAUUUGUCCUCGGAUGACCACGGCGGUGUAUCGAGUUUAGAGUAGUCGCGGGAGUAGGCCAAUCUGUUGCAAAUUAACUCGUCUGUGGGCAGCGACGCAUCCGUGACGCUACACCCCCUCGGCAUUUGAUGUCUGCACGCCUGAAGGGUCGCUGAAGAUUUCUGCUGUCUCUUCUCUUCUCUUCUCUUGCCUGUGUGUGCAGUGUCAUCGCUGCCUGCAUCUGAGCCGUGGCUGCUAGGCGCCACUGAUGACCUGCUGCUGGGAGGUGUGUGAUGCAUUGACACGACCGGGCCCGACACGACAACUGCAAAGCAAAUCUCUGUCCGGUUGAUGGGGAACUAGAUUAACACAAUCCAAGUCUCAUUGUGCUCAUCUCUUCUCUUGAUCGUUUAAUCGUGUAAACCGGCGCUCAUCAUGAAUUACCUGCGUCGCCGACUAUCCGACAGUAAUUUUAUGUCCAACCUGCCGAAUGGCUACUUAUCGGACCUCCAGCGUCCCGACCCACCGCAACAGCCCCCACCGCAGACCAGCCCCGCGGUGUCGCCCGGACCACAGGAAAGGCGUCCACCCGCUAGCCAGUCCUCCGGAGCCGGUUUUUUCUCCUCGAUCUCCAACGCGGUGAAACAGACCACCGCAGCGGUUGCCACCUUCACCGAAGUCGCUGAGAGGGCCGGCGGCAGCCAUGCAAAGAUUCUGCUGGUUAUUGACGACCAGCAGACUGACUGGGUGAAGGUGUUCAGAGGCAGGAAGGUGCACGGGGAGUUUGACCUCAAGGUGGAGCAGGCUGAGUUUACGGAGGUCAGUCUUGUGGCCCACGCCACUGGCAGCUACAGCGUGGACAUCGAGGCCAUCCGCAACGGCAACAAAAUGACCAAGAGUUUGAAGCCGGACUUCGUGCUGAUCCGGAAGCAUGCUUUCAGCAUGGCGAAGAACGGAGACCACCGGAACAUCGUCAUCGGUCUGCAGUAUGCCGGCAUUCCGAGCGUCAACUCGCUGCACUCUGUCUACAACUUCUGUGACAAGCCCUGGGUGUUUGCCCAGAUGACCAGAUUGUACAAGCAGCUGGGUCCUGAGGAGUUCCCACUGAUCGAGCAGGUUUACUACCCCAACCACAAGGAGAUGAUCACCACGCCCAGAUUCCCUGUGGUUGUGAAGAUGGGACACGCCCACUCUGGCAUGGGAAAGGUGAAGGUGGACAACCAGUAUGACUUCCAGGACAUUGCCAGCGUGGUGGCCUUGACCAAGACGUACGCCACAUCUGAGCCUUUCAUCGACGCCAAGUAUGAUGUGCGAAUCCAGAAGAUUGGAAACAAUUAUAAGGCUUACAUGCGGACGUCCGUGUCGGGGAACUGGAAGACCAACACGGGCUCCUCCAUGCUGGAGCAGGUGGCCAUGUCUGACAGGUACCGCAUGUGGGUGGACCAUUGUUCGGAGGUCUUCGGCGGCCUGGACAUUUGCUCUGUGGAGGCCCUGCACGGCAAAGAUGGCAAGGACUACAUCAUUGAGGUGGAGGGCUGCUCCCUGCCUCUGAUUGGGGAUCAGCAGGAGGAGGACCGCACUCUCAUCGCUGACGUGGUCAUCUCCAGGAUGAACCAGACCGUCCCACACUCCUCCAACCCCUCACCAGUGCGCUCACAGCCCCCUGUGCAAAAGGCAGCAUCUCCACAGUCUACUUCACCACAAGGUCAACAGCGCCCUCCAACACAAGGUGCCCCCCCGCCCAGCUCUGUUGCCCCUGGCGCCUCUCGCCCUGGCGCGCCCCCUCAACAGCGGCCCUCCCCUCAGGGCCAGCCCCUACCUGCCCAGACCGCGUCCAGCGCAGGUGCCCCGGCAGCCCAGACCCCCCCACAGCAGCCCCGUCCAGCAGGGGGCUCCACUCCGAGGCCCGCGGGCCAGGGUCCACCCCCCCAGCAGCAGCAGCAGAGGCCCCCGCCCCCCCAGGGCACAGCCGGCCGAGGCCAGGGGGGGUCCCCACAGGCCCAGAGGCCCCAGCCAGGGGGACCCCAGCAGCAGCAGCAGCGUCCAGCAGGGGGAGCUCCAGGGGCCAAACCCGCAGGAGGGCCAGCGCAGCAGAGGCAGGGCCAGCCGGCCAGGCAGCCCACCCAGGGGGGGCCGCAGGGGAGAGGACCCCCCCAGGCCCAGGGAGGCCCCCGCCCACCCACCACCCAGCAGCCGCGUCCGGUGGCGCCCGGGCAGGGGGGGCCAGGGACCGGGAGACCCCCCAUCCAGCAGAAACCCACCCCCCCUCAGAAGCCCAGCCCUGACCACCCAGCACUGAACAAAUCGCAGUCUCUUACCAAUACCUUCAACAUUCCAGACACGGCAGCGCCAGCGGUGGCGGCGGGCCCGCGCCCAAGCCUCAGUCAGGAUGAGGUGAAGGCCGAGAGCAUCCGCAACCUCCGCAAGUCCUUCGCCAGCCUCUUCUCCGCGGAAUAAGCCCCUCCCCUCACAUCGCACUGCACAGACUGUGAGACUGACGGACAGACAGACGGACCAAUAAGCAGACAGAUUGACUGACUGACUGACUGAUUGACUGACUGACCACUUCUAAGCCAGUAGAAUAGACAGACCAAUAGGAAGCCACCUGCCCACCAUGGGUGUUAUAUGUGCAAUUUGAAUCCAGUUGUUUUGCUUCCGUUAAGAUACAAAUUCACUGCCGAUUCGAUUCCGAGGCCACAGCACAGAGACAGAUGUCACUGGGGUCCCAAGGAAACAUUCCUGGUCAACUUGGAUCUUUGUUACAAUGGAUUUGAUAAUCACCUAAAAAUACAAUGUCACACACACAGACACAGACACAGACACAGACACACACACACACACACACACACACACACACACACACACACACACACACACACACACUCUAUUUUGAUUAGAAGUCAGAAUGUGCACUGUAGAUUUUAGUGAUGAGUCAUAGUGUCUGACUCCUGUCUAACGCUGAGGUCUAUAGAUGAAAAAUAAUCAAAAUUAUUCUCUGUGACAUUAAGUGAUUUACUUUCUACAAAUGAUUAGGCUAUUUUAUUCCUCGAUGCUUUUUUUAUCUAAUCUUCUGAUUCAACCUCUAAUCUGUGAACGUGGCCAGCCCUUUUGGGACACACCGAGAGCGAUUAUGGUGUCUUUAGUGAGGAAGCUCCACUGGAAAGAUCUCCGCACGCCAACGUUUGUCCAAUCAAAAAGCUUUAACGAUAGAAUGUUGUGGUUUGUAAGUGCAGUCCACUGAGGUGUUGUGGCCUCUACAAACACCGACGCAAAAACACACACAUGCGCCUGCGAUGACCCACCGGGCUCGGAAGAGUGCUGCUUUGUGAGCGUGCUUCCCUUCGAUGUGCCGUUAGCUAGCUGUCGUCUUUCCUUCGCCAUUUUAGUGAUGUCACGUGACCUGCAUGGGCCUCUGGGAGACCGAGGUCGCGACCUUUUGCCCUCCUGCGCCAGCUGCUCACCGUCGUGCUUGUAAUCGUGAUGUCAUGGCUAGAUGAUCCUCGUGCUAGUAGCCGUCGGUGUAUAUUUGCUUUUCCUUUCCAGUGAGAUUGUUGUUGCUGCUCUCCUCUCCUAUCUCCUCGACCAAUCACAACCCAGAAAAAAAACACUUCUGUAACGCCCCACACCACAGUAAACAUGCCUUACAGCAAACCCAGAUGUAAGCGAGACUUCACCAUGUUCAGAGUUGCCUCAGGGAUGUCCGAGAGAUUGUGACACAAGGCAAGGCGUUGUCUUUGAUCAGGUCUUCCAAACCCGACACAAAUAAUCAACGAGUCGACUGAUCUACAACACAAGCGAACAGCGCAAACGCAUGCUUUUGUUUCGGAGUUAGAAUGUACGUGUUGAUUUCUUCAAUAACAAUAAUUGCUUGAAAACAUGAACGUUACACGUUUUGCACAUGAAAUGUAACACUGCUAUACUUGAGUAAACGAUAUGAGAGGGGUCAAGGUUAAUGGGAUAGGAAUGUGUGUGUAUGUGUGUGUGUUGUCGCUUCGCUAUGGCCUCCACUCACUACUGAGGCCCCAACACAAUAAGCACAGAGCAGGAGUGGACAGAGUCGCGCUCGUUUUUGUUGUCUAAGGUGACCGAAUGCGAGACCAACCUCCACCCUCUAAAGGACGCACAAGCCAAGGAUUCCAUCAGUGACAUGAAUGUUCUCGUGAAACACACAAUGCAAAACUAGAGAGACUGUGCUUCACGAGAUCCAUCAGAUGUGUUUGUCAUGUUUUGAAAUAUUAUUAUUAUUAUUAUUAUUAUCAUUGUCGUUUCCCCCUGAAAUGUCCCCGUAUACAUCCCAGAGACUCUCCCAGACCUGCUCUCCACACUGAGCUCACGUCCCAUGGGGCGCGGAGACGUCUUCCAGAGGAGAGCAGAGCGCGGAGACAGCAGUAGGCACCCCAGGGCCCGGCUGGAUAGGUUUACGCCCCCCCACACAACCCC